AUGUCGCCAGCAACCAUAUCCACACAUGUCUACAAAACAGUGGGCGAUCUGAAUCUUACUGUCGACCUACAUGCUCCCCCAAACUUCAAUAGUGACACUGGCAUGGUUCUUGUUCACUUCCAUGGUGGAUAUCUUCUUCUUGGUGAAAAGACCACAUUCAUGCCUCACUGGCUCAUUAAUGCUUGUCACCAGCGGGGAUGGGCUUUUGCCACACCUUCCUACCGCCUUCUACCCGAGGCUUCAGGCACUGAUGUUGUUCAAGACGCCUUCGACGCCGUCGUAUGGAUUAUGAACAACAUUGCUAAGUCCGGUCGCAUGUUUCUUGCUGGCUCCAGCGCUGGCGGCUAUCUUGCCCUCGCCGCUACGGCACACCCCAACGUGCCUCCCAUCACGGCACUACUCUUGAUGUACGGCAUGCUCGAUCCCACGGCACCGCGGUAUGUCAAGCCGGGCCAAGCCUUCAUCAAGCCCCUUGACUCUCUCGACACGGUCGUUGCGGACCUGGGAAAAGCGCAAGCGCAGUCGCAACCGCUGGAUAGCUACGCUUUUCCAGCAGACCCAAUGAUGGACAGGAGGUAUACGUGGGUUCGGGCGCUACAUGAAGGGGCUCUGUACAUGGAGAUAUUGACUGGUGUCCAUGGCCUCGCGAAACAAGUCUAUGACAAGGGCAGUAACGUAAUCCCGGCACAGUUUCGGCCACUGUUCCCGGCAACCUUUGGGCUGAGGGCUGGUUUACCUCCCACGGUCCUGCUUCAUGGAGAAGACGAUAUCGCUGUGAAUGUCCAGCUAAGUCGGACGCUGGCAUAUAAGCUCCAAGAGCUAGAUAAUAAGGUGCUCCUAGAAGUAGUGCCGGACCAAGGCCAUGGUUUUGACGUUACACAUGGACGGACGGUAAUCACUUCGCUAAAUCGCUGGCGUCUGACCCUUGAGCGUGCGGCGUCAUCUCCCUCCCACUUCUGCAAUAUGAUGAUGAAAUACGCGGCUUGA